AUGGUUGAAGACAUCGGCAAUGAUGAUGAUCUCCAGAAGCCUCAAGUCAAGAAAGACUAUUCAGGAGUGACUGAGAAAUCAGACCCGGCUGAGAUAGCCCUUGUCAAGAAACUUGACAGAUGGAUCAUGCCCAUGCUGUGGUCAAUGUAUUGGCUCAACUACCUUGACCGCAAUGCCAUCGCUCUGGCCCGCCUCAAUGACUUGGAGGAGGAUCUCAACUUGACAGGAACUCAGUAUCUUACUUGUGUCAGCAUUCUCUUCGUCGGUUACCUUCUCGGACAAGUCCCCUCUAAUAUGUUCCUUACAAGAACAAGACCCAGCUACUACAUGGGAUGUUGCAUGGCUCUGUGGGCUAUUGUAUCGGCUCUGACUGCUGUCUGCCACAACUUUGUUGGUCUUCUGCUGGUUCGAUUCUUCCUUGGUGUGACGGAAGCGCCUUACUAUCCCGGCGCCGUCUACCUCCUCAGUAUCUUCUACAAUCGCAAGGAGAUUGCUACACGUAUCGCUAUCCUCUAUACUGGAAAUAUCCUUGCCACUGCAUUUGCGGGCCUCAUUGCUGCUGGUGUAUUCCACGGCAUGGACGGCUCAGCAGGGUUGACUGGAUGGCAAUGGCUCUUCAUCCUCCAGGGUGGAGUCACCUUUGUCAUUGCCGUGAUUGGGUUUUUCUGUCUUCCAGACACACCCUUGACCACAAGAUGGCUCACACCCGAGGAGAGACAACUCGCCCACCACCGCAUUGCAGCCGACACUGUUGAGAAGAAGGGAGAUACCAGUGUUUGGAAUGGCCUCAGACAGGCUGGCUCUGACCCCGUCGUCUGGCUCUUUGCUCUCAUGGCUCAUCUUCACUUGGCUGCCAAUGGGUUCAAGAACUUUUUCCCCACUGUCGUCAAAACUCUGGGCUUCAACACCACUAUCACUCUCGUUCUGACGUGCCCACCUUACCUCAUCGCCGGCGCUUCAACACUUUUGGUUUCUUGGUCUUCUGGCAAGAUGAAUGAACGUACCUGGCACAUCACUGCUUCCAAAUCAGUUGCAAUCGUAGGUUUUAUCGUCGGUGCAGUCGUAAUGAACACUGGUGCCAAAUACUUUGCCAUGGUCGUCUUUACGAUCGGUACCUAUGCCGUCAACUCCCUUAUUCUCGGCUGGGUUGGAUCUACCUGUGGCCAGAGUACGGAGAAGAAGGCAGCGGCCAUCUCAAUCGUUACCACGGUGAUGAAUGCUUCCUUUAUCUGGACACCCUAUCUCUGGGAUCCUAAAGACGCACCGCAGUAUCAGCCUGCCAUGUUUUCGAGCGCUGCCUUUUCCGCUGGUACCGCUCUUGUUGCAUGGAUUGUCAAGAUCAUCAUGAAGCGUCGUAACGAGAAGCUUAGACAGUCUGAAGAUGAGGUCCAGACUUUCUAUGUCUACUAG